UAAUCGGAAUAACAAGUUCUACUUCGCCUUUCUUCACCAAAACCCUGUCUUUCCUUCUUCAGCUUUCACAUCUGAAAUUCUACAAAAUUAUCCCAACAAUCAGGUCGAACCACGCCGCCAUGUUUCUGGGUAGAAUUUUGUCGAAUUCUUCAUCUAAAUUCUCCACUUUUGCCAUCGCUUCUCCACAUUAUCAAUCAUUUCUUGUACCCAGUUUUCAUUUUGAUAAUGCCAGCUGCCAAAUGAGGCACUUCUCCUCCUAUCCCAGAUUCGAUUUUGAAUCUAUACGUGAGCCCAACGAUUCCGUCGCUCUAUUUCGGGAUAUGAUGAGAACGGAGCCGCUUCCUUCUGUUAAGCUUUUCUCGAAAUUGCUGAGCGUUGUGAUCAAGCUGAAACAAUACUCUGCUGCACUUCAUCUGUUCGACAAAAUGCUUCAAAGGGAAGCUCCUGUAAAUCACUACACGUUGAAUAUUGCAAUUGAUUGCUAUUGCCGACUGAAAAAGCCUGAUUUUGGGUUUGCGAUCUUAGGCAGUUUUUUCAAGCGUGGGUACGAGCCUGAUGUUGUAACAUUUAACACUCUCAUCAAAGGCCUUCUGUUUGUUGGAAGGAUCCCAGAGGCAGCUAAAUUGUUGGGGAAGCUGUCGGCCUACCAACUGUGCGAGCCCGAUGAAUAUACGUAUAAUACUAUAAUUAAUGGGUUAUGCAAAGCUGGAGAUAUUCUACAGGCGAUUGAUUUGCUCUGCUCAUUGGAAAAAGGAAAAGGGAGCUGCAAACCCGAUGUCUAUGCUUACAACAUAGUCAUUGAUGGUCUAUGCAAGGAAGGAAAGGUGGACGAAGCUCUCCAACUCUUCUCCACUUUGGGUGAUAACGGGAUUUCACCCGAUGUUGUGACAUAUAAUUCAAUAAUUGAGGGUUUAUGCAAGAUGAGAAGAAUGGAUGAGGCCGAAGACAUGUUAAAGAAGAUGAUAGCUGAUCUGGUCUGCCUAGAUGUGGUGACGUGUAAUAUCUUUGUGGAUGCUUGGUGCAGAGAUGGAAAGGUGGAAGAGGCUGAGCAUAUGUUGGCAUCUAUGAAGGAGAUUGAUGUUCAACCCAACAUUAUCACAUACAAUGCAUUGAUUAAUGGGUACUGUUUGCAAGAAAAAGUGGAUGAAGCCGAACGCAUUUUCCAAUUGGCGGUGAACUCUGGAGUCAAGCCCGAUAUCAUAAGCUACAAUAGCUUGAUGAAUGGAUAUUGUUUGCAAGGGAAAAUGGAUGAAGCCGAAUGCAUUUUGCAAUUGGCAGUGAAUUCCGGAAUCCAGCCUGAUAUCAUAAGCUACAAUAUCUUGAUGAACGGGUAUUGCAAAAUGGGGCAAGUCGAUGAAGCUUUACGUCUUUUUACCAUAAUUCCCGCUAAAAGGUUAAAGCGCGAUGUUGUAUGUUAUGGAAUAAUGCUAGAGGUGCUAUUUCGUGAAGGCAGAUGCGAGGACGGGUUGAAUUUGUUCAAAGAGAUGCAAGCUCUAGGAUUGUCUCCUGAUUUGAAGACUUACAGUAUCUUGUUGGAUGGUCUGUGCAGUGCUCAUCGUAUCACUGAAGCAUUUUCCGUGUUGCAUACCAUGGAAGAUAAAGGCAUCGUUCCAAACAUAAUAACAUAUAGUAUCCUCAUUGAGGGACUGUGCAAUGACAAUAAAGUCAGACAAGCAAAUGAUCUGUUCCAUGAGCUUCCAUCCAAAGGUUUACAGCCUAAUGUCAUAACUUAUACAAUUCUUAUCGGUGCACUUUGUGAGGAAGGGCAGAUAGAGGAGGCUAAGGAUUUGAUGACGCAAAUGGUAAACAACGGUUGCUUGCCUAAUAGUGUGACAUAUAAUGUUUUUAUUCAAGGUCUUCUCAAAAUGAACAAGAAGCAUGAUUCAAUGCCACUUUUGGAAGAGAUGGAUUCAAGGGGAUUCACACUUGACAAAACUACAUAUUCGUUGUUGAUUGAACUUGUGAAAAGGGAAGGUAAUGAUAGCAUUUUGUUUAAUAAGGUUAAAAAACUCGUACCAAAGGACUUCUAUUCUAGUUAGGAUUUAUGUUGUGUUUGAAGGUCAAGAAUUAUUUCAAUAGAGAUUAAGGGGAAAGUACAAUUGCUUAUUUUGUUGAUUUAAUCUUUAUGUUAUGAUGAUUUAAAAUGCUUCAAUUGUGUAGUUGUGAUGUUACUUCAAUAAAUCUGCAAAUUGAUGGUCUA